CGAGAUCAUACGGCGGCAAUGCAAGACAGGAUUAAUGAUGGAAAUGUUUUUAGAAUUAUUGUGUAAGCUAUUAAUUUUUAUUAAGAACUCUCUAAAAAUACUCCCCCCACUCUCCCAUAAGAAACUCUACAUUGAAUUUAAAAUAUUAACCGUAAGUAAUAACAAUAUUUAACAAAAUAUUAGCAUUGAGACACUAAAAGCCUCGAGGAGGGACAAAAUACUUCUAUUGUCUUCAGCGAAGUUAUUAAACAAACCAACCAAAAAUCAAUCGAUUACCUUAUAGUGCUCCAAUUGUUUUUUGGUUAGGUUAUUCUUUUGAAAUUUCACGGUUACAGAUCUUUAACAUUCAGAAAAAUAAAUAGUGGACUUUUAUGCACCCUAUUGGACAUCAAUUAUUUGGGCUAUUUAUUUUGUUUAUCGAUCUCAAUUUUGAUAAAAUGGUGUAUUUGAAUUUGAAUUGAAUCUGCAACAUGCAAGAAAAUAAAUAUUGAACUGUUAGAAAUUAUAUUGGAGUAAUUAUUUGGGCUAUUGUUUUUUUUGUGGAUUUAAAUUUUGAUAAAAUGUUGUAUUUGAAUUGAAUCUCUAACAAAUAGGAAAAUAAAUAGUGAACUUUUAUCCUAUCGAGACUUCAAUUAUUUGAGGUAGUUAUUAUCAUCAAGUAUUAUUUAAGCUGAAUCUCACCCUGUGGACAUUCAAAAUGAAACAAAUUAUUGAACAGAUACUGAUUUUACUGAAGUAUUUGUAUACUUUGUAAUCUUCCACAUUGGUUUUUAAAUUUAGUGUUCUUAAUGAAAAUUUAAGAAAAUAAAAUUGAAGGAACUCGGUUUGAAGAAAAUUAAUAACACUGUGUUGGCAAACCGAACUCUCCGAAUUAAACAAUCUUUAUUCCUGGAAUAUUGCAGUAAUAAACCAUGAACAAUUGGUAAUUAAUUGGCUUACAAGAAUGUCACGUACAGUACAAGCUUGGUACGAUCGCGGUCGAGAAGUGAGGUUAUGUUGUGUGAGGUUAUGGCGGGCGGCUCACCAAUCAGCUGGUUGUGUUUGAACCUGUUACUUUCGUGAGGAAUGGAAUGAACAGCUGCUCGCUGACUCUCUCCUCUGGUUUAGUCAGUGACUGGAGACAUAGUGGUGAUAUGGAGUCGCAGGUGGAAUGCGUGGACAGGGGUGUUUUCUUGAAGACAAGGCGACGGAAGAGGUGGUGGAGGUGGAGGGGUGGUGCGGACGGAUGAGAAGUCCUCCAACAACAACGUCCGCCAGGAGAAUGCAGCAUUUACUUCCCCUGGAAUACACCCCUUCCGACAGGCGCUUCCCCAGAUCCUGGCGACGACAGCGAAGAACAUACUCCUGGUGGGGUACGGGAUGACCCUGGGGUUCCCGACCAUCGUGAUCCCCGCCAUCAUGGCCCAGACCCUCGCCGACCCCAGUGGCAACCUCACCCUCAAUGGCUCUCAAAGCUCUCAUGACUCUCAUGGCUCUCACGACUCUCUGUAUCUCACCAAGGAGCAGAUUUCUUGGUUCAGCAGUAUCAACCUGAUCUGCGUGCCAGUGGGCAGCCUACUGUCAGGGGUCCUGACUCAACCGUUUGGUCGCAAACCAUCCAUGAUUACCCUCAACAUCCCUUUCAUCGCAGCCUGGCUCGUGUACCACUAUGCUGACAGUGUGGUAAUGCUGUACGCUGCACUCGCGCUCACUGGGUUCAGCGGAGGUGUCCUGGAGGCUCCGGUGCUGACGUACGUUGCUGAGAUCACACAGCCACACCUGCGAGGAAUGCUCUCUGCCACAGCCUCCAUGUGCGUCAUAUUGGGCGUGUUCUUGCAGUUCGUCCUGGGGAUCUUCAUGAACUGGCGGACGGUGGCUCUCAUCAACAUUGUCUUCCCCAUCCUGGCGAUCUGCGCCCUCUGUUGCGUCCCAGAGAGUCCCCACUGGCUCAUCGGCAAAGGACGCAUCCAAGAGGCGGAGAAAUCGCUGCAGUGGCUGCGGGGUUGGGUACAACCCGGUGAUGUACAGGCCGAGCUAUCCAUGCUGGUCAAAUCCAUCCAGUCCUCUGCAGAGUUGCACCAACAGUCAAGAUCAUGGCAACCGUUCCUGCGUCGGACGUUUCUGCGACCCUACGGCAUCGUAGCUCUCGCCUUCUUCGCAGGCCAUCUUGGCGGCAUGACCACCCUGCAGACCUUUGCGGUGAGCAUAUUCGCCGAGCUGGGAACACCUGUGGACAAGUUCAUCGCGACAAUGUUGCUGGGCCUGGUGCAGCUUCUGGGAGCGUUGGUCUGCGUCGUCUCCGUCCACUGGACAGGGAAGAGGCCCCUGACUUUCGUCUCUCUGGUGGGCAGUUCGAUCUGCUUCGGCCUCACAGCGGUCUACGCCCACUACCACAAGUUGAAUCCUGUCUCCGUAGACUACAGCUGGAUGCCCCUGGUCCUUCUGGUGGCUGCUGCCUUUCUCACACACACCUGCAUCAGGUUGUUGCCAUGGAUACUCAUCGGAGAGGUGUAUCCACCGGAAGUUCGUGGCACGGCCAGCGGUGCUUCCGGCUCUAUAGGAUACAUCUUCGGCUUCCUCGCCAACAAGACCUACUUCCUGAAACUGGACAUCCUCUCGCUCGCGGGGACGUUCCUGGUGUACUCCGCGGUGAGCAUGGCAGGAGCAGUGGCGCUGUACCUGGUCCUGCCAGAGACGGAAGGGCGGACCCUGCAGGAGAUUCAGGAGCACUUUGCCGGCACGAGGAACCUGCUGACGGAAGGAAGGAGGAGUCGGAGAGAGCAGGGAGAGCCGACCAAGUGGGCAGCAGACAAUCCCGCCAUGGACCACCAGGAGAGUCACCUCUAGUGGGCAUGGUUGUGAUAGAAGACCUAAUGGGAAAUUGUACCUUGUGAUAUGAUAAGCCUAAAGGCUAAAAGCUAAUGGCUUAACGGUAUCCGGAUGGGAGCUCCCGACAAUAUUGUAAGUGACAAAAUAUAUUUAAAUAUAUUUCAGCAUUUUGUACUUGUUUCAAAAGGCAUCAAAUCCAGUUUUGCAAGGAUUUAAAAUAAAUUUCAAGAAUUCCAACCAUUCAUUUUUAAAGUUCCAACUAAUAACAGAUUUGAGAAAAGUUUUUAACUAGUAAAUUGGUGAGUACUAUUCAUAAAUUACUUUUAGAAACGCGUUAGUUGUUUCUCUGUUGCCUUAUACCAGGAGAAACGAAUCUACGAAUACAAUAUAGUUGAAGUUUACUUUCUGUACAUUUUUACUGAUGCCUUCAAUAGAAUAAUAUUGUUUAUUUUCCCCCGUAAUCAAGAUUUGUCACUAUAACACAUAUACGUAGUUAAUUGUGUGCAAAAUGUCGUGGUUUCACAAUAGUCUAUCCACAGUAGGAAGAAAAAGUGUUACCUAAAAUGGUACCACCCUAACAUUUGUAUACAAAGAUUAAUAAAAAAAUUCUGAUUUUUAAAAAACAACGUAAAUCCAUUGUUUUAAAGACCAUUGAUUAUUUACAAUUUGCCACUUACAAUAUUGCUGGAAGAACCUAUUUAAUUUUAGUCACCGACUUCAAAUAUUAUUUUAAUUAAUGAUUUAUAAACAUAAAUUUCACUUAGGGACAAAAGUGCUUUGGUUAUUGAUUAUUGAAUCGAACAAGAGCAAAGUAGUAGAAUUGCAACAUGUAGUUUCAUAACAAUGUUUUAGUUCCCUGUUGUAGUUUGGAGUUAAAUUUAAAAAAAUCAAGAAAACGCUGAAAUACCACUCCACAGUUUAGUUAACAAUAGUUAUUUCGGAAUUAGAGACACUUGCUUGAUAAAUUAAAAUAGUAAUCGACUAAAAUUUUUGUUUCUUUAAUACAGUAUUGUUACUGGCAAAAGAAAACCUUCAUUGCAUAACUAUUGAAAUGAAAGAACCAAGAAAAUCUACAUAUUUGCUCUGUAAGCCUUGUCCCACUCCUGCUUCUUUAAUUUUAAUUGUAAUAAACUUUAAUGAUACUGUAAUAUAAAAAAAAACCUCAAAACUUAGCUCAUAUUGGCUUCUCUUUGUUCCCUUCAAACACUAAGAUACUACAUUCAUACCCUCCAGAAUUGCAAACAGUCUCAAUGCUUGUUUUCGUAAUUAUUGUUAAUUGAAAAAAUGUUGAGAAAUAGUUUAUAACGCACUUGAUUAUUUUUAAAUAAUAAUAAUAUCAAUUCUGGGCAUUGUUAAAAAAAUAAUUUGAACCACAGUUCCAGCAAUAAGAUUUUAUUUUAAUUUAUGACAGGUAAGACACAUUGCUAUAACACAAAAUCCAAUCAUCGCUUAAUUUGUAUUAAUAUUUUAAAUAGAUUAAAAUAAUGGAUACAUAUAUUAAUAAAACAAUCUUGUGAGUGCAUAAAUUUGAAUUUUAAACGCGUUAUUAUUAAUUUAUUAAAUAUCAAAAUUAAAAAAUAAUGUGUCAUUUAUUGCCAAGAAAUACAAAAGUAAUUUCUUGCCGUAUUCCAGUAGUCAUUAAUUAUAUUUACAAAUAAAAAUCAAGGAUUCAGAGAAAAACAGGCUGGAUAUUUUUUAUGCUAAAACCAUUUUGUUGGUUGUAACAGAGUUUUACUUAUGGAAAUUUCUAAUUUAUUAAUUUUGGUAACUGUUCUUAAGUUUUAAGCAUUUCUAAGAGUAAAACAAGAAAAUUUUGGAUUUUUAUUUUGUACCUGUUCUUGUUUUUGUUUAGUUAAAAAAUCCUCCUCAGUUGGAAAAUGAAGCAUUUUCUAAAUAAAAAUGUAAUUAUAAUUAAAAAAAAGCAAUUUAAAUUAAACAAAGGACUAUUUGUAAUAUAAAAAUAUACCCGUAUCGAUAUAUAUGUCCGAAUAAGGUUUUAAGUAUUGCAAACUACUCUAUAACAAUUUACGAAAUAUACAUGGCCCAUUUUCUCUGAAGCCAAACCAUAGAGUAAAAAAAUAAAAAUUUAUUUAUAUAUACAUUAUUAUGUUUUUAUUUAUGUUUUUAAUUGUUUAUUUUAAAUCAUUUUAUGUUAGCUUGUUAUACAAUUAAUAAAGCCGAUAUUAAAAUAAAAAUAUGUUGUGGUAUGCCUUAACAUUUAAAUUCAAAAUUCGGCUUUUCUUCUCUAAAGCAACAGAAAUUGUAUUCAUUAAAAGUUGUACAUAAAACAGUUCUUGUAUUAGUGGUUAUUUGCAAAAUAAAUUUAGUUAUGUUAUUUAAAUAUUUUAGAACACUUCAACAAAACUUACUCUUUAACUUUACUGCCCUUAAAUGUUAAAGAAUGUAACCAUUGUAAUCCAUAACAAUUAUCGCUAGUUCAUUCAGUUAUGGAUAAAUUAGUGAUAAUUGUUUUGGAAAUGAAUCGCGGUGUCCGUUAAAUCUGUCUCAACAUAAUUAAUUGAUAUUUUUAAAGUUUAGAUUAAGUGCAAUCAAGUAUCACUGUUAUGCAAUUAGUUUAGGAUUGUAUUGUAUAUAAAUAUAUUACUAUUUUUAUAA